AUGGCGGGUUCGAGUUCAAGCGGAGGAGACGACGAUUAUACGGUUGAGGAGACAGAUCCUUCAGGGGAUUACACAAGAUAUAAAAAUCUGAUCGAAGAAUCUUCAUCAAAAUCAGUAUUCAAAGGAUAUGAUAGACCUAAUGGGAAAGAAGUGGCUUGGAUUAAGAGAUUGAAAGGAAUGAUCGUUGCUGAAAAAGAAGCAUAUCUGAUGCGUUUAAAUCAUUCAAAUGUAUUGAAAUGUUACUACUCUUGGGAUAAUCAAGAAACAAAUACAUUAGACCAAAUUACAGAAAACUACUCUGGAAAUCUGAGUGAUUUUAUUGAAAAUCAUACAAAUUUCAGUGGUACAUCAUUAGCUGUAAUACAAAAUUGGAGUUUACAAAUUAUUGAAGCUCUUUUGUAUCUUCAUGAGCAACAUAUUCUUGUCAUUCAGAAUAAUCUUAGGAUCGAAAACUUAUAUGUUGUUGGAGAAUCUGGAACAGUUAAGAUUGGAGAUCUGAGUGAUGCAACGUUCAUAACUACAGAAGCUUUGUUACAGAUGGAGAUGGAAGCAGGUGAUCCUGCAACUGAUGCAGCUGGUAGGGCAAUGCAAGAAGAGAUACAACGAUUUGGACAAUGCGUCCUUCAGAUGGUGACCAAAAGUUUGAGGGGUAAACUGAUCAUAGACAAACAAUGCAAGAAUUUCAUAAAAAGUUGCUUCCUGCCAGGAGAUACACAGCCGACACUUGAAGAACUAUUGCACCAAGCUAUGCUAUAA